AUGGGUACCAAGUCCCGCCGCGCCAAAUCGCCUCCAAAAUUUAACGGUUCCGGCUCGCUGGGCCGCGCAUCAGGAAAGAAAGUUAACGGCGAGGCCACGAGUACAACCACAGCCGCCGACAUGAACACCACAGUCGAGCUCCAGCGCCGCAACGUCGCGCACGAGACGUCCACCUCCGAAGGCGCUGUCGCCCACCUCAUGACCCGCGACUCCUUUACCCUCGACGACGACCCCGCCGUCCCCCCCAAAUCCCCCUCCCUCAACAACCAUGGCUUUUUCGACCUCCCCAAGCAGGACCAGCGUAACUUUGGCCUGCUUGUCCUCCUCUAUUUCCUCCAAGGCAUCCCGCUCGGCCUUGCCACCGGCUCGGUGCCCUUCCUGCUUAAAAACCAUCUUUCUUACAGCGAGAUCGGCGUCUUCUCCCUCGCCUCAUACCCCUACUCCCUGAAACUCUUCUGGUCCCCCAUCGUCGAUGCAGUCUGGUCCCCCAAGCUAGGCCGGCGCAAAAGCUGGAUCUUGCCCAUCCAGCUCCUCUCUGGCAUUGGCAUGCUCCUCCUCGGCUCCCACGCCGAAGAAAUGAUGCAAACAACCGGCAAGCCGGACGGUCCCUCCGUCUGGGCCUUCACCGGAUGGUGGUUCUUCCUCGUGCUCAUGUGCGCAACCCAAGACAUCGCCGUCGACGGUUGGGCCCUGACCCUCCUCACGCCCGGCAACGUCUCCUACGCCUCGACCGCCCAAACCGUAGGCCUCACAGCCGGGCAAUUCCUCUCCUACACCGUCUUCCUUGCCUUCAACUCCAAGGACUUCGCCAACCGCUGGUUCCGCUCCGAACCCCUCGACACAGGCCUCAUCUCCCUCUCCGGCUACCUCACGUUCUGGGGAUGGUCCUACAUCGCUGUUACCCUCGGCCUCUUCCUUUUCAAACGCGAAGAACGCACACACAACGAAGAUGGUAUCUGGGAUGUCUACAAAAUCAUGUGGGGCGUGCUCAAACUCCGCAACAUUCAAUCCAUCAUCCUGGUCCAUCUCAUCGCAAAGGUAGGCUUCCAAGCCAACGACGGCGUCACCUCCCUCAAGCUGCUCGACAAGGGCUUCGGCACGGAUAACAUGGCCCUAACCGUGCUAAUCGACUUCCCCUUCGAAAUCGGCGUAGGCUACUACGCGGGGAAAUGGUCGCAACAAUUCACGCCCAUGCGCCUCUGGUGCUGGGGAUUCAUGGGCCGGCUGCUGGCCGCUGUGUUGGCGCAGCUAACUGUGGCGGCCUUUCCCGCCGAAGGCGUCACGACAGGUUACUUGCUCGUCGUCAUUGCGCAGCAUGUCUUUUCGACGUUUACUAACACCAUCAUGUUCGUGGCGGUCGCUGCCUUCCAUGCGCGGAUAGCUGACCCGGUAAUUGGCGGGACAUACAUGACUUUGCUGGCGACGGUGUGUAAUCUGGGUGGAACAUUCCCGCGAUACUUUGUCCUGCGCAUGGUCGAUGCUUUUACCAGCGCUACAUGUUUUCCCAAUCCAGCUGCCGACCUUGCUAAGCUCAAGGGCCCCCUGGUAACGGAGCCUUUUAGCUGCAGCGUCCAGAGCGAGAAGGAGCGCUGCGUCGCUGGCGGUGGAAUUUGCGAGAUGCAGCGGGAUGGUUAUCACUUUGUGAACAUACUCUGUGUCGUGUUUGGUAUUAUCACCUUUAUUAUGUUCAUACGGCCCAAGGUUCUGCAGCUGCAGGCGCUCCCUCUAAGAGCCUGGCGCUUGUCGUCUGCGACAUCAAGGUAUUGA